UGUUCGACGAAAGUGACGACGUGAAGACUAAGAACGACGAUUGUGCUGCGAGUAGACGAGCGAAAAGAACCGGUGACGUAGCGUCCGCCAUAUUACACCGCGGCACUAAAAUUGCUUUGGAUCAGUUUUCCAUUCAUAUUAGUUUUAAUUUUUUAUUUUGUUUUUUUUCAUGUAUAAAAAUUCCAAGCAAUUUACAAUAGUUGAUUUUAUCUUACCAAAAAUUCAUUUUGCAACACACAAGUGAUCUCAAUAUUUAAAACAAAACAAACGAGGAAAUUUUAUAAUAUAAAUAAUUAAAAAUUCCUAAUAAAUUAAACAAAUUUUAAACAAAAGUGACAAAAUUCUUUUAAAUUAUAAAAAGUAUUCGAUUUAGAAAUGGCGGAGGGAAAUGGUGAACUGCUAGAUGACAUUAAUCAAAAGUCUGACGAUCGCGGAGAUGGUGAACGUACUGAGGAUUACCCUAAACUAAUAGAAUAUGGCUUAGAUAAAAAAGUCGCCGGUAAGCUCGAUGACAUAUACAAAACUGGUAAAUUAGCUCAUGUUGAGCUUGAUGAACGUGCCUUAGAUGCACUUAAAGAAUUUCCAGUGGAUGGUGCCUUGAAUGUUCUAAGCCAGUUCUUAGAAUCAAAUCUUGAACAUGUUUCAAAUAAAUCCGCUUUCCUUUGUGGUGUAAUGAAGACUUAUAGGCAAAAGAGCCGUGCUAGCCAACAAGGUGUACCACCACCAACUACCACAGUUCAAAUCAAAGGACCAGAUGAAGAAAAAAUACGUAAAAUCCUUGAACGUACUGGCUAUUCCCUAGAUGUUACUACUGGUCAACGUAAAUAUGGUGGUCCACCACCAAAUUGGGAUGGUCCUACACCCGGUAAUGGUUGCGAAGUAUUUUGCGGUAAAAUACCAAAAGAUAUGUUCGAAGACGAAUUAAUUCCAAUAUUUGAAAACUGUGGUACUAUUUGGGAUCUGCGUUUAAUGAUGGACCCAAUGACAGGCACCAAUCGCGGUUAUGCAUUUGUUACAUUUACGUCACGUGAAGCGGCUCAUAAUGCUGUUAGACAGCUCGAUAAUCACGAAAUAAAACCGGGCAAAUGCCUUAAAAUUAAUAUAAGCGUACCAAAUCUACGCUUGUUUGUAGGCAACAUACCUAAGUCCAAAGGAAAAGAUGAGAUACUCGAUGAGUUCGGUAAACUAACAGCUGGCCUCAUCGAAGUCAUAAUCUAUAGUUCACCAGAUGAUAAGAAGAAAAAUCGUGGAUUUUGCUUCCUCGAAUAUGAAUCACAUAAGGCUGCCUCCUUAGCUAAGCGUAGACUUGGAACUGGUCGUAUCAAGGUUUGGGGAUGUGAUAUAAUAGUUGAUUGGGCUGACCCUCAAGAAGAGCCUGAUGAACAAACUAUGUCAAAAGUCAAAGUACUUUAUGUACGCAAUCUUACUCAGGAUGUGUCUGAAGAUAAGCUAAAGGAACAAUUUGAGCAAUAUGGAAAGGUUGAGCGCGUUAAGAAAAUCAAGGAUUACGCGUUUGUGCAUUUCGAAGAUCGUGAUAGUGCAGUCAUUGCCAUGCGUGGUUUAAAUGGCAAGGAAAUAGGUGCCUCAAAUAUUGAAGUUUCGUUAGCUAAGCCACCAUCAGACAAGAAAAAGAAAGAAGAAAUUCUUCGUGCUCGUGAACGUCGUAUGAUGCAAAUGAUGCAAGGACGUCCGGGCAUAGUAGGCUUCGAACCCUUGUCUCCGUACAGAAAUCUCUCACCAACACAUCCAAGUAUGAUGUCUAUUACUGCUCCUUUACGUAUACCAGGUGGUCCUAGGAUUCAAAUGCGCACUCCAAUGACUCGUGAAUACGAGAAUAACAAUUACAAGUACCCAAAUUAUGGGACCUAUCAAGAAUAUUAUCGUGGCUUUAAUACUAAAACAAGCAAUACUCACAUGAAUUCUGGUGAUGGUUUACACAACUAUCGCUUUGAACGUAAUUAUGAUGACAUGAUGUAUGAAAAAGAUUCCUAUGAGGAUUUGUAUGAUCAGAAUAUUUCAAACCAAAAUAAUGUUCAAAACAACUCCCGCGCCACCUACUUUGAUGAAGAUUACAUUCGCAAUCGUGCCUUUGACGAGGAAUACUAUUACGAUUACCAACACUCUACUAAUCAGGCUCAACCUGUUAGAGAUGCUCCGGGUAAAAUACGUCGUACGCCGCGGCAUUCACAUCGCAUGCAAUACCAUGCAUAAACAAAAAAUCCCGAAUCAAAAAAAUCUACAACAAACAGCGCACAAAAUUAUUUUAUAUUAAAUUCCAAAACGAGCAAUUUUUUUCAAAAUUGU